AUGGCGGAAGUCGAACAAGAGGUGGCGGCCGGACAGGCCAAGAAGAGGGCAUUCAAGAAGUUUUCCUACAGAGGGGUUGAUCUGGAGGCUCUCCUCGACAUGCCCACCGACCAGCUUGUCAACCUCUUCACUGCCCGUCCUCGCAGAAGGUUCAAGAGGGGUUUGACCAGGAAGCCCCUGGCUUUGAUCAAGAAACUGCGCAAGGCGAAAACGGAAGCAGCGCCAGGGGAGAAGCCAGAGGCCGUAAGAACACACCUCAGGAACAUGAUCAUCGUCCCGGAGAUGAUCGGGAGCGUGGUGGGUGUGUACAACGGCAAGACCUUCAACCAGUUCGAGAUCAAACCCGAGAUGAUCGGUCAUUACCUGGCCGAGUUCUCCAUCACCUACAAGCCUAUCAAGCACGGCAAGCCCGGCCAGGGAGCCACUCAUUCCUCCAGGUUCAUCCCUCUCAAGUGA